UUCAAGUAUGCAGCAGAAAAGAAUCAUACGACACGCUUCUCACGGUUGCUCUUUCUGGCGACGAAGCCAUGCUCGGCAAACAGAUUCUAUGCAUUCAACGCUCCCUAGAGAAGCUCCUGUCGCCCUUUGUCUCUCUUUCCCUCCUCUUAUCGUCAUCAACCCCCUUUCUCUUAUUAUCUCCUCUAUUGUUUAUGCUCCUUCUGCUCCAUGUUGUCUUAAAUUUGUAUUCUAUCCUAGAAGUUAGAAAGUAGAAGAGGAAAUUCGGAUUGGGUGGAGAGAGGUAUGUGGGAAGUGGGAUGUGUUUCUAUAUCUCUUUCUCUCUUAUCAAUUUUCCUCCCAUGAGUCCGUGACAAUUAGCUGAUCGGUCUAACAAAUUCUUAUACAGAUUUGUACUUCUACCUGUCUCACUUGUUCCAGCUGUUGCUUCAAUUCGAAAUAGGGAAGAAAUCCCAAAUCAGAAAAGAGAGAGAGAGGAGGUAAAACACGAAAUUGUUUCGUAUACAUAGUUGACGAUGUCGGUACAAAAAGAACCGGAGCAGGUUAUGAAGCAGAGAGUGGGAUCUGUCUUGGGUAAGAAAACAAUACUUAAGAGUGACCAUUUCCCUGGCUGUCAAAAUAAACGAUUAGCUCCUCAAAUCGAUGGCGCUCCCAAUUACAGACAGGCCGACUCAUUACGUGUUCAUGGUGUCGCAAUACCUACUAUUGAUGGUAUCCGAAAUGUACUUAAUCAUAUUGGGGGACAACAAAAAGGGAAGCAAACGCGAGUGCUUUGGCAUAACCUUCGAGAAGAACCGGUGGUGUACAUCAAUGGUCGUCCAUUUGUUCUGCGUGAUGUGGAGAGGCCCUUUUCCAAUCUUGAGUAUACGGGAAUCAAUAGGGCUAGAGUUGAACAAAUGGAAGCUCGAUUAAAGGAUGACAUACUUUUGGAAGCUGCGCGAUAUGGAAAUAAGAUCCUUGUAACUGAUGAACUGCCAGAUGGUCAGAUGGUGGACCAAUGGGAACCAGUGACACAUGAUUCGGUGAAGACACCUUUAGAGGUUUAUGAGGAACUGCAAGUAGAAGGAUACCUUGUUAACUAUGAACGUGUUCCUAUUACUGAUGAAAAAUCACCAAAGGAGCAGGAUUUUGAUAUUCUGGUUCAUAGGAUUUUGCAAACUGAUAUAAACACAGAGAUAGUCUUUAAUUGUCAAAUGGGGCGUGGACGAACUACCACAGGGAUGGUGAUUGCUACAUUGGUUUACCUUAACCGAACUGGUGCAUCUGAGGAGGCCAUUCGUCGAGGAGAAUAUGCCGUCAUAAGAAGCCUGAUUCGGGUCUUGGAGGGUGGUGUGGAAGGGAAAAGGCAAGUGGAUAAAGUUAUUGACAGAUGUGCCUCGAUGCAGAAUCUACGGGAGGCAAUUGCUACUUAUCGCAGUAGUAUUCUACGCCAGCCAGAUGAGAUGAAGAGAGAAGCGUCACUUUCCUUUUUUGUGGAGUACCUGGAAAGAUAUUACUUCCUCAUCUGUUUUGCUGUAUAUAUUCAUACAGAGAUAGCAUCUCUCCUUUCCAGUGCAUCUGGUCAGAGCAGUUUUGCUUAUUGGAUGAGAGCAAGGCCAGAGCUCUACAGCAUACUUCGCAGGUUGCUCAGGAGAGACCCAAUGGGUGCUCUUGGUUAUUCAAGCUUGAAACCUUCUUUGAUGAAAAUUGCUGAAUCUGCUGAUGGCCGGCCUUCUGAGAUGGGUGUAGUUGCUGCCCUAAGAAAUGGAGAGGUUCUUGGGAGUCAAACUGUUCUAAAAAGUGAUCACUGUCCUGGUUGCCAAAACCUAAGUUUACCUGAGAGAGUGGAGGGUGCACCUAAUUUCAGAGAAGUUCCUGGGUUUCCUGUUUAUGGUGUUGCCAACCCAACCAUCGAUGGUAUUCGAGCUGUUAUUCAGAGGGUUGGUAGCUUUAAAGGUGGUCGACCAGUUUUUUGGCACAAUAUGAGAGAAGAACCUGUUAUCUACAUCAAUGGGAAACCAUUUGUACUUCGCGAGGUGGAAAGGCCAUACAAAAAUAUGCUGGAGUACACGGGAAUAGAUCGUGAAAGAGUUGAGAGGAUGGAGGCUCGGUUGAAAGAAGAUAUCCUAAGGGAAUCGGAACGCUAUGGGGGUGCUAUAAUGGUAAUUCAUGAAACAAAUGAUGGGCAAAUAUUUGAUGCUUGGGAACAUGUGAACUGUGGAUCGAUUCAGACUCCUCUGGAGGUUUACAGAUGCUUGGAAGCUGAGGGUCUCCCCAUUAAGUAUGCGCGUGUGCCCAUAACCGAUGGUAAAGCUCCCAAAAGUUCUGACUUCAACACAUUAGCAUUGAAUAUUGCGUCUGCUACCAAAGAUACUGCCCUUGUUUUCAAUUGCCAGAUGGGAAGAGGGAGGACAACUACGGGUACUGUGAUUGCUUGCCUUCUCAGACUUAGAAUUGAUUAUGGGAGACCUAUUAUAAUGCAGCCUCUGGCUGCAGCUUGUGAAGAUGUAGACAGUGGUUCCUCAAGUGGUGAAGAUGCUGGAGAUAAUAGCACUGAAUCUGCAUCUAAUAUUAUAACAAUUAAGAAAGAGAAAGAUCCAAAUCGUGCAUUUGGCAUAAAUGACAUAUUAUUAUUGAGAAAGAUAACAAGACUGUUUGAUAAUGGAGUGGAAUGCCGGGAGGCAUUGGAUGCAAUUAUUGAUAGAUGUUCAGCUUUGCAAAACAUAAGGCAAGCUGUUCUGCAUUACAGAAAAGUAUUCAAUCAACAACAUGUAGAACCACGGGUAAGGAGGGUUGCAUUAAACCGUGGUGCCGAGUACUUGGAGCGUUACUUCCGGCUGAUUGCUUUUGCAGCAUAUCUUGGAAGCGAUGCAUUUGGUAGUUUCUGUGGACAAGGAGAUUCCAGGAUGACCUUUAAGAAUUGGUUGCAUCAGAGACCAGAGGUCCAGGCAAUGAAAUGGAGCAUUAGGUUAAGACCUGGGAGAUUCUUCACUGUCCCUGAAGAACUGAGAGCACCACAUGAAUCUCAGCAUUGUGAUGCACUGAUGGAAGCUAUGGUCAAGGAUCGUACUGGUUCUGUUCUGGGAAAAGGUUCCAUACUUAAAAUGUACUUCUUUCCCGGACAGAGAACUUCCAGCCGCAUCCAAAUCCAUGGUGCACCUCACGUCUACAAGGUGGACAGAUACCCUGUCUACAGCAUGGCAACUCCAACAAUUUCUGGUGCUAGAGAAAUGUUAACCUAUUUACGUGCCAAAUCAACUGCGAGUGAAAAGGUUUCUCAAAAAGUUAUAAUAACUGAUCUGAGAGAAGAAGCAGUUGUUUACGUAGAUGGAACCCCAUUUGUCCUGAGGGAACUAAAUCAGCCUGUUGAUACACUGAAGCAUGUGGGGAUAACUGGCUCAGUGGUAGAACACAUGGAGGCCCGGCUGAAAGAAGAUAUAUUAGCUGAGGUCACACAGUCAGGUGGUCGAAUACUUUUACAUCGGGAAGAACAUUCUUUAACUCUAGAUCAAGCCAGUGUCAUUGGGUACUGGGAGAACAUUCUAGCAGACAAUGUUAAAACUCCUGCUGAAGUAUAUGGUGCUCUGAAAGACGAGGGGUUCAAUAUUGAAUACAGGAGGAUACCAUUAACAAGAGAAAGAGAAGCUUUAGCUUCUGAUGUUGAUGCAAUCCAGUACUGUAAAGAUGAGUCUGCAGGGUGUUAUCUUUUUGUAUCACACACAGGGUUUGGAGGGGUUGCUUAUGCAAUGGCUAUUAUUUGUCUUAGGCUCAAUGCAGAGGGGCCGUUUGUAUCAGAGAUGUCAGAACCAUUGGCUUCAAUGGCUAAAGACAACUUACAAACUUGGGCUUGUAAUGAAGAAGCACAUAAAGAGGGUGAUUACAGGGACAUACUAAACCUCACUAGGGUUUUAAUGUACGGUCCCAAGAGCAAAGCAGAGGUUGAUCUUGUUAUAGAAAGGUGUGCAGGUGCUGGGAAUUUGCGAGAUGAUAUUCUUUACUACAGGCAGGAACUUGAGAAGUGCACUGAUGGUGAUGAUGAGAAAGGAGCAUGCCUCAUGGAUAUGGGCAUUAAAGCUUUAAGGCGGUAUUUCUUCCUUAUCACUUUCAGGUCUUACCUUUAUUGCACUUCUGCACGUGAGAUGGGAUUUCUGGCAUGGAUUGAGGCGAGGCCCGAACUAGGUCAUCUCUGCCAUAACUUGAGGAUUGACUAAUGACAGAUUUCCAAGCAUUUAGAGAAGAAUUGUGGAGCAUUAGUCUUUUCAAUGUUAUUAUUGUUGUAAAAUCUUAGAAUAAGUUGGCAUACCCGAAGUUAUAGUGAUUUAGUGUUGGAUGCAUACUGAAAAUGUACAACAAAGGAAUGCUCCGUAUUUUUUCGUAUGAGCGAAGAGGCCAUCUAUGAAAGGGAAUCCAUUGUUUUUAUAGGUAGCAUAUUCAAUAGAAAGUGAAAAUUCAAA